CCAACUGAGCUAAUAGGCCACGUGCAAUCGUGUUCUCUUUUCCUAUGUCAGCAUCUUACGAGUAUUUUUUGGUCAUUUAAAGGUUCUAAUUCCCAAUUUGAGAAGUAGAACGCGGUUUCAGUCAUGAAGGAAGAUUACGAGAUCGAAGAGAAAAAGCAAGCUGCUGCUGAUGUACUGUUUCAGUACUCGAAAUUUGUAAUGGCAUGCAUUGGAAAUCAAGUUCGACCCUGUGACUUGAGGUUGCAUCUAAUGAAGGAGAUUUCGGGAUUGCCAACUUCACUGAAAAAGGAAUCCCAGACAGUAGCGUCUCCUGAUGCAAUGGGUGAAUCAUCAAGCUCCGGUACAGCUAGACUUGAUAAAGCAGACAGUUUCCGGGCACUAUAGUUUGUAUCAUUGGCAGAAAGAAAAAAUGAGGCAUUAAAUAGUAUUUCUAUAUAAGUAAAAAUAGUGUAUUGUUUACAAUUUUUUUUUUUUUUUUUUUUUGGGCUUUGCCUUUAUAGUGUAUUGGAUGUAUUGGCUUGACUAAGGUAGCAAGGUCCUUGUUUCUUUUUACACUUUCUUUAAAUGUGUGUCAAUUGUCGUCAUUUAUUUAUUUAGAUAUGAAGGAAAGUCACCACUUUUUCUUUUA